CUCGACGUUCUCACACAACAGCAUCAGAAACGAAAAUGGCUGAAGAAGAGGUCGAGCAAACUUCUGGCAUUCUUCAGGAAAUUUUCACUUCGCCUCUGAACAUUAGCUUGCUAUGUCUCUGUUUAUUCCUUUUGUACAAAAUCGUCCGCGGAGACAAGCCUGCAGACUUCGGCCCGGUUGAAGAGCCGUUGCCUAAACUAAAGAAAAGAGAUUUUACUUUAGCAGAACUGCAGGAAUACGAUGGACUGAAAAACCCCAGAAUCCUGAUGGCUAUCAACGGGAAAGUGUUUGAUGUCACGAGAGGAAAGAAGUUCUACGGACCAGAGGGCCCUUAUGGGGUCUUUGCGGGCCGAGAUGCAUCCAGAGGACUGGCCACAUUCUGUUUGGAGAAGGAGGCCUUGAAAGACACUCAUGAUGAUCUUUCAGAUCUCAAUGCUAUGCAGCAGGAAAGCCUGAGCGAGUGGGAGACCCAGUUCACACAGAAAUAUGAUUACGUUGGGAAGCUUCUUAAACCGGGAGAAGAACCGACAGAGUACACAGACGAUGAGGAAGUCAAGGACAAAAAGAAGGAUUAGAACACAGAGAUCACAGAUCAUGUUAGAUAUAUGAUGUAGCUUUGUUGCAGUCACAUUUUGCUGAUAGCUAGACAGCAACCUCCAUGUCAUUUUAUAUACAUCACUGUGACAUUAAUUAGCAUGCCAUACGUUCAUAAACAGAAUUUGAUAUCACUGUGUUAAUUAAACUAAUGUAGGAUAUGUUAUAUCUACAGCAACUGUGACUCAUAAUCAUGUCAUUUGAAGAAUUCUUGUUAAAUUAUAUUCUUCAGGAAUUUAUGGUUUCCUGUAAAUAUAGAACACAAUUUCUCAUCUCAAUUUUUUAUUUUGAGUGUUGACUCCAGAUUUUAUCUAACAAGAGAACAUUAAAACCAAAUACAUAAAUAAACAUCAAAAUACACUAGAUUGCUUUUAAAUAAGUGCCAUAGUAAAAGUUGGAGUGGUGCUGUCAUUCAGGGUUGAUCAUUAAACCAGUUUCUCUGAUACAGAUUAAGAUUAGACCCAUGCUAAAGAGGGUUUCGAGUAAAUUUAUCACAUGCUAGUCUUAACAUCUGCUCAGGACAUUUGUAGAUUAGAUACACGUAACAUUCCAUGAGAUUAUGUUUUCAACUUUUGUUACCAAGACAAGUGUUUGCAAAACAACUUUUCUGUUCAUAAUUUUCAUUAUUAAAGAAUAUGAUUUAUUAUCA